UCCGAACCCAAAGACGUUGCCCGAGUCCCGAGACAUGCAACCCGUUUGCCGCUUGCGCUUGGCCCCCGCGCGGCCGGAGGUGCCGCGCGCGCGGGCGGGCACGGCCACGACGUGCCUGCAGGUCCGGCGGGCCACGACGACGAGCCGCGGCUGCGCCUGGUGCGUGUGCGUGGCUCCCGCGCGGCGCCCGCGAACCGCCCGCACGUCGUGCGGAGCCGGGCCGACGGAGCCCGUUGAGGCGCGCAAGGACGGAGCGGCGCCGGCGGUCGAUCUGCAGGCGGAUCAGGAGGCCGGGCUGCUGGCGCCUGAGGAGCUGGAGGUGCUGGAGGAGGCGGCCAUCACGGGGGACGACGAGGGGCGCCGGCCCACCGACUACGACCGCCGCGCGCACAUCUUCGAGGAGAGCUCGCGGGUGUUCCGGGAACUCAAGCAGCGAAGCGACGGCGACGGCGGCAGCGGCGGAAGCGAGAGCGGCCCUGGUGGCGCGACUACUGGUGCCAGUGCCACCGCGGCUGAAAAAAGAGCGUGUAACGAACAGCAGCAGUAGCAGCUAGCUUGUAAAUUAAUGUGAACUGUGUGUCGAAUGGGUGUGUAUGUGUUGCAAACUUGCAUGCAAAUGUAAUUACUCGACCUUCACCAUCUCUCAUUUGACACGGCACAACGUGCUGCAGAUCAUCAACUGUUUAACUUCUUUGACAGAGAGGUUAACCAUGAGGUCACUUCAUCAUCA